AUGGUGGCGCAGUAUCUGGGACAGACUGCUCCGAAGGUGGAAAAGGCCGUCGCUGGAGCCAUUGGCGGAGUGCUUUUCAUCGAUGAAGCCUAUGCUUUGGUGCGCGAUGGCAAGGACAGCUUUGGGCAAGAAGCCGUGGAUACCUUGAUCAAGGAGAUGGAAGACAAGCGCAAGAACGUGAUAGUCAUCCUGGCGGGCUAUGAAGCAGAGAUGGAUAGCUUCUUCGACUCGAACCCGGGCUUCAAGAGCCGCGUGCCCUUCACCUUCCGCUUUGAGGACUACAGUUGCACUGAACUGGGGCAGAUUGGAAGCCUUGUGUUGAACUCGCAAGGUUUGUCUGUGGCAGCAGAUGCCAGCCCUCGCUUGGAAGACCUCAUUGCCUUCACCAGUGGCUGCUGCAACGACAUCGCCGCCCCUGACUGCCAUCCCUCUCGGGACAACGGCAACGGCCGCACAGUGCGCAACGUCAUCGAGGCCUUACAGCGCGCCAUGGCUCGGCGUGUGGUGCAAUCUCAGAGCACCGAUAUGGCAUCCCUACAGACGUUGACGCUGAAGGACUUGACAUUGGUGGCAGAGGAGCAGGCUGCUGCACGUCUGGAGGCGGCCUGCAGGGCCCCUGCGGACAAACUGGGCUGGUCACAACUCUGGCAGAAGCUGCUGACAAGAAGGCUCGAACGCUGCUUUUUCCCCAAGCAGCAACAUGCCACUGUCAAGUGGCAGCAGAUGUUCAAAUGCGCAACCAAGGCCGGUCUGGCGAUGUGGAACAAGAAUUACCAGCUCAGCAAACCCAACGAGCAGCUCUACAGGAUGGUGCGAGAAAGCCAGCGACUUUCCAAGUCCUUGAGCAGUUUCCAAAGUACAUUGCUCGGCAACCUACAGACGCAGUGUAGCACUGGCCUUGACAACUUGGUGAAGAAGCUGGAGAGGAAGAUUCAGGUGACCUGCGAUGGGAUGCUGCCCAAGAUGACCAGCGAGUUGGAAAACACAGGCAAGUUGACAGUGGCGCAGUUUGAUGCUUGGCACAUCCUGGAGCCGGAAAGACCUGGUUGA